UUUUAUUCUUUGAUAAAUUAAAAGAAAAAGUCAGCAUAAUUGUGUGUGGUUAACCGAGGGUAGAAAAGUCAAAAUGACGAAGAAUCUCACUUAGAGAAAGAAAGAAAUUAAAAUCUGUGCUCCGCUGCUCAAAGACACAGCCUUUCAACCCCAAAGCGUCUCUCUUCAUCUUCUUUCUCUUUCAUUUUUUUCUUAAAAUCGAAAAACCCUUCAAUUAUAAUUGGAUCUGUCCUUCUUCCUCUUCAUAAACCGUCCCAAAGAGGAUAAAGUCUGUUUCUUUCUGCAGUUAAUCCUCCUUCAGCAACUGGGUUUUGAAGUUCUCUACGAAACUUGAUUUGGGUUGAAUUUGGUGAAAAAGGGCCUAUCUUGUGUUCGAUGAUAUUCCCCAGAGAGAGAAAAGGCGAAGACUUUUGAUUCUUUUUUGUGUGUUGUUUUGUGGGAAUAGAGAGAGAGAGAUGGCAGGUGAAGAUUGGAUAGAACUCAAGUUUAGACUCGCAGAUGGCACUGACAUAGGUCCCACCAAGUACAAUCAAUCUAUGACUGUUUCUUCUCUCAAAGAGAAGAUCAUCUCUCAAUGGCCUAAAGACUCAGAAAACAUUCCAAAGACUGUAAAUGAUGUGAAGCUCAUUAAUGCCGGGAAGAUACUAGACAACAAUAGGACACUUGCUGAAUCCAGGCUUCCCGUUGGCGAACUUCCAGGAAUGGUCAUCACUAUGCAUGUUGUUCUUCGCCCUCCUACUUUAGACAAAAAGAGCGAAAAACUGCAGAAUGAUCCUCCCAUGAAGAAUCGAUGCGCAUGCACCAUUUUGUAGCUGCAAGUAAAUUGGAUCAUAUAGAGAGAUUUUAAUCCUUCAUGAUAAAAUAGCACUGGGUUGUGAUGCUCCAUGGAACAGCUGAGAAAGUUCCCUUACUGGCAUAGACGUGAAAAAAAAAGAAACAAAGGAUCUUCACUACAGAACUUGUUUACAUUUGUGUGGUUGAUAAUUUAUUUUUCAUCUUUUCUUCAUUGUUUAUCCAAAGUGGCUCAAGAAAAUGUACUACAAUUCUUGAAGGAUGUUUGUUUUUAAAUAUAUAUACAAUACGUGCAGACACACAGUUUGAAAGACACAACAUAAAAGGAGUUUACUUGUUCA